CCCAGUGCCUGGCUCUGGGCAAUGCUGUCAGUGCAGCCAGGCAAGGAGCUGCAUCUCCCUUCAUCCAAUGCCAGCAUAAGGACACUUUGGAGUCUCCCUGAGAUUUCUGUCCAAGGUGGGAGCUUCAAUGCAGGAUGAAAACCUUUUCUGGAGCAUCUCUGAGUUAUAAGAUUGAUGGGGAAAGGCAGAUGUGUUCUGACAGUGACAAUGCUGCUGGGUUGGUGACAUGAGAAAAGCCCUUGUCUACAAAUGUGGAGCUGGGCUGUGGUGGAUGCAACUCUUUCCAGCAAUAUCUGGUGAUCUUUAAGGAAAACUUGGGAGUGUGAACAUCCUCCAUUUGAGAAAAGUAAAAGCCCAGAGAAACUCUGAACAGAAUCAACUGACAGACUGUCUCCACUCAUCACUUUGCCUCACAAAACGUGCUCUGUUCUCACUGCGGGCAGCAGAAAUACAGAGGGUUUCUGAUAUCCAAGAAUACCAGGAGAGAUACAGAUGGAGAUUAAAAAGAAAACCUCAGAACUCUUAAAUACAGAAGCUUGUCAGUGUGUGUUACAGAGGAGGGUGUAUGGGAAAUGGCUUUGAUUUUGGUUACAGACAUCUCCUCUAACUCUUCAUUAUCCUUUCUCCAUGAACAGGUCCCCAUGUGCAGCCCCAGCAAAUGUCCAACAGCAGCUCCAUCAGCCACUUCCUCCUGCUGGCAUUGGCAGACACGCGGCAGCUGCAGCUCCUGCACUUCUGCCUCUUGCUGGGCAUCUCCCUGGCUGCCCUCCUGGGCAACGGCCUCAUCAUCAGCGCCGUAGCCUGCGGCCACCACCUGCACACGCCCAUGUUCUUCUUCCUGCUCAACCUGGCCCUCAGCGACCUGGGCUCCAUCUGCACCACUGUCCCCAAAGCCAUGCACAAUUCCCUCUGGGACACCAGGAACAUCUCCUACAAAGGAUGUGCUGGACAGCUCUUUUUCUUACUGUUCUUCAUGGGAGCAGAGUACUAUCUCUUGACCCUCAUGUGCUAUGACCGCUACGUGUCCAUCUGCAAACCCCUGCACUACGGGACCCUCCUGGGCAGCAGAGCUUGUGCCCACAUGGCAGCAGCUGCCUGGGCCGGUGCCUUUCUCAAUGCUCUGCUGCUCACGGCCAACACAUUUUCCCUGCCCCUGUGCCAUGGCAAUAUCCUGGGCCAGUUCUUCUGUGAAAUCCCACAGAUCCUCAAGCUCUCCUGCUCCAAAUCCUACCUCAGGGAAUUUGGACUCAUUGCCAUUACUGCCAGUUUAUCAUUUUGUUGCUUUGUGUUCAUUGUUUUCUCCUAUGUGCAGCUCUUCAGGGCUGUGCUGAGGAUCCCCUCUGAGCAGGGACGGCACAAAGCCUUUUCCACCUGCCUCCCUCACCUGGCUGUGGUCUCCCUGUUCCUCAGCACUGCAAUGUUUGCCUACCUAAAGCCCCCCUUCGUGUCCUCACUAUCCCUGGAUUUGGCCCUGUCAGUUCUGUACUCAGUGGUGCCUCCAGCCCUGAACCCCCUCAUCUACAGCCUGAGGAACCAGGAGCUCAAGGCUGCAGUGAGGAGACUGAUGACUGGAUGCUUUCAGAGACAUUAAACUGCUGGCCAAUUUCAGCAAAUAUUUUCUAAUACAUGUCUUCUUUGAUAUUUCUUGGUGGUUUGAUUCUGUAUGGGUCUUUUUCCUUUUUUCACUUUUUUCA